ACUUGGGUUUGUCAUUCUAAAACAAACUAUUUUCUCUAGCAUAAUAUAUAUUAUGCUAUUAUUUUAUAUCUUAGUGGCUAAAAUAUAAUGUAUUUUAAAGUUAUUAAAUGGUUCAACCUCGACCAACCCAAUUAGUCCAAUUUUAUCAUUUCAAAUAUACAUUAUGUAAUUAUUUGAUAUCAUAAUGAUUAAAUUAUAGUGUAUUUUAUAGGGAAUUGUUUGGUAUUUGUUAGUAAAAAACUAAACAGAAAGAUCUAUUGGUUAUUUUUAACAUUAAAACGAUCCUAAACAUUUUCAGUUUCCUUUCGAAUUUCUAUGGUUUUAUUCUCGAAUCAGUGAUGUGCAAAUGGCGAAUUGCAGUAAUCUCUUUUCUUUCGCUAUUUUUUAUUUUCAAAUCGAAAGUUUAAAAGUAAAGAAUAAUUAGAGUUUGCCAUGGGUCAGUCAAACAUGUUGAAUUUCAAGUUUUGGCCCGUUUUGAUCAAGUCUAAUUUAUAAUCACAUGGUUUCCUGAUACCCGAUAAAAAUCUCAAUCCAAACCAGUUCGGCAGGUGAGGCCGUGUUUACCACCAUUUUCUAGGGAUAUAGGAACGGCGGUUCCUAUCCCAAAUCGUGUUGUUCGUUCUUGAUUUCUUUAGAUUAUAUCAUGGCCUGGAAAAAACCAGAAAGCACAAUGACGACAAGAUGAAAGUUUUACAAAGCAAAUUAAUAGGCCAAUGGGUCAAGUAAAAGCUAGCAACGAUUGUGAGUUGCUCAUUUCCCGAAAAUCGGAGGGAUAGACGAUUUUUUAUUCGAUUUUCUGGAAUUCGGUUUUUAUAAAACUUACUCCACCUCAUCAUAUUAGUAGAAACAAUAUUGUUUCACAAGGUAACAGGUACUUGAUUUUGGUUUAUAAGGCUGAUUUUUGAUUCGUUGCAUCAUCCAUAUGUCUUUUUCCUUCUAAAAUUCACUAUAUUUAUCACGUGUUUCCAAAAAAAAACUAUACAACAAUAAGCUAUACACCCUAUUACAUUAUAAAAUUUCAUACCUCACCUUCCUCUGACCAACUGAUCGAGGUCACCGGGGUCCUCAGUACCAUCUUUCACAGAAAGUAGAAAAAGAAAAAGUAUACUUGGAGCCAUUUUUACUUUAUAUAUAUUUUUUUAGGAUUGAGCCUUUUUGACUCGAUUGAUAAUAGUAUUGCUGUUUUAUAUUCGUAUAAAAUGGCACUCCACACCUUAAAUUAUUAUUCGAGAAUUAUGAGGGGUAUUAUUUGAGGAACUAAAAUUGAUGUUGGCCACGAGUCCACGACUACUAAAUGCUUGAUGAAGAAAACAUAAUAGCUUUAUUUUCGUUCUUAUUCUUAAUAUAUAUAUCCUCACAACAUAACUAUGUGAUAUUUUUACAUUAGCCAGUACAAUAUGCAGAUUGUCUAUAUCCUUAUUUUUAGAAAAAUAAGAGGGAGAAACGUAACUAUGGAUCCACCACCACCACCGUGCAUCAUGAUUGCUAUUCUUUUCCCUUUACUUAUCUUAAAGCUUCGUUUUUCAAAAUAAAGGUUAGUUUAGUUGGGAACAAAAUUGUCAUUUGAGUUCACUUUAUACCACUACUGAUUGCGCGCUUAGUCGUCGGGCCAAAAAUCAACAAUGAACCCACUGUGAUAGAAUAGAAUGCCCACCUACCCCACCCACCGAUACCUUCUAAAUUCCACGUGAAUGUGCACACAUAUCAAUGUUGUCGACCGGUUUUAGCCCAUUGGUCCGGUCAAGCAAGUGAAUUGUGAAUUGCGAAUUGCUUAGUGAGCCAAUCAUUUUAGCUUCGGUUGAGUACGGAUAUAUGGAAAAAAUUUAUUAUAUUGUUUAUGCAUUUGUAAACUAUUUCAAAUUUUAUUUACAUACAGAUAAUAAAAUAUAAUAUUACACCCAAAAAAAGUUCAUACUUGAAUCGAACAAAUAAUGAUAAAUUGAAACACACUUAGAAUUUUAAAAAGAGAGUUACACAAAAGAGAAAACCCGAAAAGAAGCAUAUUUUACAAAAAAAAAAAAAAACAACAUCAAUUGACCUCCAGUUCGAGUAGUUUUCUGCGGGUCGACCCACGAGUCUAUGAUGCAUGUUUCCCCAUCAGACUCGAACCGGUUGACAACCUUCAUAUAAAUACAUAGAUAAUGUGUGUACUUGGGAGAUAGCCACUCAUCACUCCCAAAAAAAAAAAAAAAAACAGAGGAGAGGAGACAACACAACACACCUUAUCCCCCACCACCAUCGAUCUCCAACGUCCUCGCCGGAAAAUGGCGAAGCAUCUGAUCCCGACCCGAUCCGUCGUCGUUUCGGCCGUCCUUCUCUUCCUCUGCCAGUUCAUCUCUUGCCAGGAAGAAGACUACGUGAGAAGCCUGAACCCGAAGCGGCACCUGGGCGGCAUGAUGAAGAAGCAGAAGCUGAGCCACUUCAAGUUCUACUGGCACGACACCUACAGCGCCCCCAACGCCACCGCCGUCCCCAUCAUCCAGCCGGCGUCCCCCUCCCCGACCGGGUUCGGGUCCGUGUCCAUGAUCGACGACCCAAUCACCGUGGGCCCGGACCUCAAGACCUCGAAGCUCGUGGGCCGGGCCCAGGGCCUGUACGGCAUCGCGUCCCAGCACGAGGUGGCCCUGCUGAUGGCGAUGAACUUCUGGUUCGUGGAAGGGAAAUACAACGGCAGCUCCAUCACCGUCAUGGGCCGGAACCAGGUGUUCAAUAAAGUCAGGGAGAUGCCCAUCAUCGGCGGGAGCGGCUUGUUCCGCUUCGCCACCGGCUACGCCCACGCUUCCACCCAUACGUUCAAUCUCACCAACGGGGAUGCGGUGGUGGAGUACAAUCUCUAUGUCCUGCAUUAUUGAUCGAUCCAUCGUUUCGUCGCCGCCGGACUAAUUAUUCUGUGUUUGUUGUUGUUGUUUUACUUUCGUGUUUUGAGUUUUUUCAUUUUUGGCGUGUGCUGUGCUAGAGAGGAAUCCAAUGUGUUUUUUUUUUCUUCCUUUUGUCUUCUUCAAUUCCCCUUUUUACGAAUUAUUAGUAUGUACAACUACUAAAAUGGGGGAACUAUAUGCCAUAUGGUGUUGGUUCCGUAUUUGACAAUAUGAAAGCAUGAUUGACGGUGGUUGUUUACGGAUCGAUGGUGCAAUUAAUUAGCUGUUCCCCUAUCAUAAUUAAGCCGCUUUGGUAGCUUAAGCUACAUUUAAUUGGAGCCCAUUCCUUGUUAUAACAUGGUAUGUGAAUUACUUGCAAAUAAUAUUCUAUGUUAAAAAUUGGUUAGUCUCGAUCAAUAUAAUCAAUAACUAGGGAGAGCCAUUAAACCCAAACCAACGGGCACCCACCAUUCCUUGUUAAGCAGGUUAAAAUUCAGUGUUGAAGGAUUUUGGGUCGUGUGAUAGUCUUUUAUCCGCUUUUGAAAUUGGCGGGUGGGAUGAUCAGGUUUGGAUUUUGCCGAAACUAAGCUCGCUUUCCACCCCACCCAAAACAAAAUUAAAUGAGUCAUUGGCAAAUGUUAUUAGUCUUUAAAUAUAAACCUAUUAGCAUGGAUAAUCUAUGGAUGUUAGUCAUAUUUAGGAGAUAUAUUUAUGUGAACGGCUAUUUGCCGCCAAUCAAAUUGCUAUUUUCCGCCAACUAAAAAAAAAAAAGAAUUCAAAAUUUGAAUUUUCUAUUCCUUCCCAGUGCCUCCGUCGCCGGUAAAAAAAAAAAAAUUUUAAUUUUGAAUUUUCCCUUCCUUCCCAGUGCCUCCGUCGCCGGCACCGUUCUUCCGUCGUCGGCUAACCUCCCGUCGCCCUCAAUCGUCGGAAAACAAGUAAGUUUACUUUUUCCGGCCAGUUUUCCAGUUUUCCGGCGAAAAACACGGCGGGCCGAAAAAAAAUUGCGGCCCGAACGUCGCCGAGCCGAAAAAAAUUUGUGGCCGGGACGACGGCCGGCCGAAAAAUUCUUUCGGCCCGGCGACGCCACGGCCGCAAAUUUUUUUCGGCCGGUCGCCGAACACGCCGGCCAAAAAUUUUCCGGCGGCGUGUUCGUCGGCCGGCCGAAAAAAUUUUGCGGCCGGAGCGACGUCGGCCGAAAGAAUUUUUUUUCGGCCGGUCGCCGAACACGCCGGCCAAAAAUUUUCCGGCGGCGUGUUCGUCGGCCGGCCGAAAAAAAUUUGCGGCCGUGGCGUCGCCGGGCCGAAAGAAUUUUUCGGCCGGCCGUCGUCCCGGCCACAAAUUUUUUUCGGCUCGGCGACGUUCGGGCCGCAAUUUUUUUUCGGCCCGCCGUGUUUUUCGCCGGAAAACUGGAAAACUUACCGGAAAACUGGAAAACUGGCCGGAAAAAGUAAACUUACUUGUUUUCCGACGAUUGAGGGCGACGGGAGGUUAGCCGACGACGGAAGAACGGUGCCGGCGACCGACGAUUGACUUGCCUCGCGCCCGAUCUUCGUCCAAUCGACCCCGAACUCGCUAGAAAUCCAUAAUGAAAUUCAUAAGUUCAU